GGCGACGUACUCGGCUGAGUUUUUUACGUCAUCUCCGUGCGCCUUUGCACGGGUUGUCGUCAUUUGAGAGCGCGAAAGCGGUAACGCCAUGGGCAGCGAUUUCUACCUCCGAUAUUACGUGGGGCACAAGGGGAAGUUUGGACACGAGUUCUUGGAGUUCGAGUUCCGACCGGACGGUAAACUUCGAUAUGCCAACAACAGUAACUACAAGAAUGAUGUUAUGAUCAGGAAAGAGGCUUAUGUACACAAGAGUGUGAUGGAGGAACUGAAACGAAUCAUAGAUGACAGUGAGAUCACAAAGGAAGAUGACGCACUGUGGCCCCCACCAGACAGAGUCGGUAGACAGGAGCUGGAGAUCGUUAUUGGAGAUGAGCACAUAUCUUUCACAACUUCCAAAAUUGGUUCCCUUAUAGAUGUGAACCAGUCCAAGGACCCCGAGGGACUACGAGUUUUCUAUUACCUUGUUCAAGACCUAAAGUGUCUGGUCUUCAGCUUGAUUGGACUUCACUUUAAAAUUAAGCCCAUUUAGUUCUCUGGGAGAACAGUGAAUUUUUAUUUUAUUUACAUUGGAUGUGGAUCUAAGGGUUUUUUAUGUGUUUCUUUU